AUGCGGAUUAAACUCCCACCAUGCCGUAAUCGAACUGAUCUCUCCCACUACCUGGGUCGAGGCUGUAUCACUGCGUUGGCCAUGAACCCACAAACUUGCCAACUCUGGGUGGGUAGUGAUUUGGGCGUUAUUCAAGCCUACUCUUGCAACGAAGCCACCGGCUCCCUAGUACGUCUUAGUCAACUUACUGUAUUCACUCCGGUUCCGCAGAAAUUUCUCCCAAGUGUUACAAGCCUAAGUUUCUGUGCUUGGCUUAGUCAUGAGGAUAGCUCCUCAUAUCUCCUUGUUAAUUCUGCCGGAGUGGGCUUACUUCUAUACCUUGUGGAUCCUGUGAAUGGAGCCCUAGAAUUACAGCACAAGUUUGACCUACCGCAUUCGCCGUUGUGUAACCCUCCUGCUAAUAAUUACGGUCUUCAUCUCCUGCACUCCUGUUUCGCUCCAUUGAUUUCUUUCCGCUCCUCAGGAACGGCUUGUGCAAUUUCAGCAAGCGAGGAUAAGGCGAGUGUCUACGUCUUCGAAGUACCCACCACUGCUUCUGAGAAACGCCAGGAGGUUGCCAGUAGGGUGAGGAGAAGUCAAAGUCAUAUUGGUGGCUCUGUAGUGACCCGUCUCCAAGGUCACGAUUGUGAGGUGGGGAGGACGGUGGUUGACGUUUCCCUCUCCUGGGACGAAUCAGUUUUGGCCUCAGCUGAUGAAGCUGGUGUGGUUAUUCUGUGGAAAAGAAAAACUGAGGAAAAGACCUCGUGA